UUUUUAUUCAGUACCAUCAAUUCCAGUAACCGGUGCAGUACGAAAUCUCGCACAUCGCAAUGUCGACUACCUUCUCGUACCCCGAUCCUAGGCUCCAGGAGGAGUUGAAGAGGACCGCCGAGGCUAUAGUAGCACCCGGAAAGGGUAUUCUUGCUGUUGAUGAAACAAAUGAGGGUAUUGGAAAACUGUUGGCAGCAGUGGGUUUGCAGAACACAGAGAACAAUAGAAGGAGAUACAGGCAAUUGCUUUUUACAGCGGACGAUGCACUUUCAGAAAACGUUUCUGCCGUCAUACUGUUCGAUGAGACGGUAUAUCAGAAGACUGAUAACGGACAAUCAUUCAUAGAAGUGCUGAGAAAGAAAAAUAUCAUACCGGGAAUAAAAUUGGACAGAGAUGUUGUACCGCUAUUUUUGUCCGAAGACGAGGUUACCACUCAAGGUCUCGACGAUUUGGGAAAACGGUGUGCUGAAUACAGAAGACAGGGUUGUAGAUUUGCAAAAUGGCGGUGUCCGUUGAAGAUCGGGGAAAGAACACCAUCGGUCCAAGCUGUUCAAGAUAUGGCUCAAGUGCUGGCAAGAUAUGCUUCUAUCUGUCAGAGCGAAGGUUUAGUUCCAAUUGUGGAACCUGAUGUCCUGCUGGAUGGCAAUCAUGACAUUGUAAGAGCACAACAAGUGACAGAAGUAGCGUUGGCAACACUUUACAAGGCACUAAAUGAUCACCAUGUAUUUUUAGAGGGAACACUGUUGAAACCUAAUAUGGUGACACCAGGUCAAGGUUAUCCAAGGAAAAGCACACCAGAAGAAAUAGCUAUUAGAACAGUUACGGCGUUAUUGCGUGGUGUCCCGGCUGCUGUACCGGGUAUCACAUUCCUUUCUGGUGGACAAUCCGAAGAGGAAGCGACACUUAAUCUGAACGCUAUUAACACUGUUCCUCUGAAGAAACCUUGGGCACUCACCUUUAGCUAUGGGAGGGCUCUGCAGGCUUCUGUGUGGAAGAUUUGGGCAGGCAAGGACGAGAACGUGAGGAAAGCUCAGGCGGAACUGUUGAAAAGGACAAAGGCAAACGGACUAGCAGCCCAAGGUAGAUACGUAGCGGGUUCGGUGACAUCUAUCGCUGGAGACAAGUCAAACUACAGUGCCAAUCACAAAUACUGAAUGUUAGAUCUAAAACUAAUGUGUUUGUUUGAUAAAGACAUUGUAAAUUUAAAGUACAUUGUAAAUAAAGUUCUGUAAAAAAUA